AUGAUUAUCGCAGCUGGGGCAGCAGGUUAUGAGUGGUUUAAACUCAUGCCACAUGAAUCUGACCAUGUGAAGAAAAUUAAAGCUGCUGGAUUCGGCGUAUUGACCGCUUUUUUUUCAGGUCUGUAUUGGGUAAAACAUUAUCCUGAAUACGAUGGCUGGUACAAUAUCACUUUAAAUAUUGUUGGCUUGGUUCUAAUCAGUGCCGCAGUUACCGCUAUUUUUGAAGUUUGGAAAAGCUCACCUUGGUGGUUGAUGUAUCUGUUCCUGUUGGUUUGGGGCGCGGACAGUGGUGCAUAUUUUGUUGGGCGUAAAUUUGGUAAGCGUAAACUUGCGCCAGAUGUGAGUCCAAACAAAUCAAUCGAAGGCUUAAUUGGUGGGAUUGUCACUGUUGCGAUUGUGAUCAUUGUGGUUCAAUCGAUUUAUCUACAUUUAACGCUUCCACAACAUAUUCUUUUCCUAGUUUUGUCUAUUGUGACUGUGUUUAGCUCUGUGCUUGGCGACUUGUUUGAAUCUAUGAUUAAACGUCGUGCAGGAAUUAAAGACUCAGGUCGUAUCCUUCCAGGACAUGGUGGGGUGCUUGAUCGUAUAGAUUCAUUGCUUGCUGCGGCUCCGUUUUUUGCAGCUGGCAUGUAUAUGUCACAAUCUGUUUGUAUAUUAGGUGUUACAGGUUCUAUUGGACGCAGUACUUUAAAAAUUUUACAACAGCAUUCGGACCAGUAUUCAGUUUUUGCAGUGACUGGAUUUAGUCGAAUCAAAGAACUCAGUGAAAUAUGCAAACAAUAUCGACCGAAAUGUGUUGUUGUACCAUCGGAUAAAGUAGAUGAGUUACAACAGCUACUUGCUAUACAUCAUAUUUUUGAUAUCGAAAUCCUCACAGAUGAAGCAGGGCUUAUCACCGUAUCGGAACAUCCUGAUGUAGAUGUAGUGAUGGCAGCAAUUGUUGGUGCAGCAGGAUUGUUGCCUACUUUAGCCGCAGUGAAAGCAGGUAAGCGCGUUUUACUUGCCAACAAAGAAGCCUUGGUGAUGUCUGGCGAUAUUAUGCUUCAAGCAGCUAAAGAUCAUCAUGCUUUGUUACUGCCUGUCGACUCUGAACAUAAUGCUAUUUUUCAAUGUCUUCCUCAAAAUUAUUUACAGAUUCAAUCCAAUGGUGAGCCUCAAUUGGGGGUCAAGCAAGUUUUGUUGACUGCUUCAGGCGGCCCAUUUUUAAAUUUUAGCUUAGAACAAUUAAAAACUGUAACACCUGCACAAGCCUGUAAACAUCCAAAUUGGUCGAUGGGACAAAAAAUCUCGGUAGAUUCUGCAACCCUGAUGAAUAAAGGUUUAGAAUUGAUCGAAGCAUGUCAUUUAUUUUCAAUUAAAGAACAAUUUGUUACAGUUGUUGUUCAUCCACAAAGUAUCAUUCAUUCAAUGGUUCAAUAUGUGGAUGGUUCAACUUUGGCUCAAAUGGGUAAUCCUGAUAUGUGUACGCCGAUUGCGCAUGCACUUGCAUGGCCUGAGCGGAUUCAAACUCAUGUCCCGCCUCUGGAUUUAUUUGUCCAUUCACAACUCGAUUUUCAAGCGCCAGAUAUUACGCGUUUUCCAUCGCUUAAACUGGCUCGAAAUGCUAUGCAGGCGGGUGGAUUGGCACCGUCUAUUCUCAAUGCUGCUAAUGAAAUUGCUGUGAGUGCUUUUUUACAGCAAAAAAUUGCAUUUUUAGAAAUUUCACAAGUGGUUGAACAUACCUUAAAUCACGUUCAAAAUGGUUUGGCAGAUUCGAUUGACACGAUUUUGCAGACAGAUCAACUUGCGCGCCAAGUUGCUUCACAACGCAUUACACAAUUGGGAAGCUGA